GCGCCAAACAUUCAGUUCGAGAGCGUCGACUGUUCGGUCUUGUGGGAGUGUAUUUUCAUUGAGUUUUCUGAAGAAAGAAUAACAAUGAGUGCCAGCAGUUGCUUCGUGAUAAAAAGCGAUGGCAACAAAGAAGUGGUUGAUGCAAAGAAAAUCGAGGAUAAAGUGAAGCAACUUUCCUUUGGUUUGAAUCAAGAUUUUAUCGAUGCUGGUUUGGUAGCUUCGAAAGUCAUCAGCGGCUUAUACGAUGGCGUUACGACAAGGGACAUGGAUAACUUGGUGGCUGAGACAGCGGCUACCAUGGCUACAACUCACUCGGAUUAUGGGAUUUUAGCAGGGCGUUUCGCUAUUUCCACCCUGCACCGUGACACUAAGGAGUCUUUUUCAGAUACUAUUCACGACCUCUAUACCACUGUAAACGAAAGAACGAAAAAACAGGCGAACAUUAUUUCUGAUUAUCACUAUAAAAUAGCAAUGGAAAAUGCAGAACGUUUAAACGGAGAAUUGAAACACGACCGCGACUUCCAUUUCACUUACUUUGGUUACAAAACUCUUGAACGUUCUUAUCUACUAAAAAUCAACGGGCGUGUGUUGGAGAGGCCACAGCAUUUGUACAUGCGGGUAGCCAUAGGAAUACAUGGUGAAGAUAUAGAUGCGGCCAUUGACACUUACCACUACUUGUCGCAAGGAUACUUCACACAUGCCUCGCCAACUCUGUUUUCGGCUGCUACCACACGCCCGCAACUGUCAUCGUGCUUCCUACUAACAAUAGUCGAAGACUCGAUUGAAGGCAUUUUCAAAACUGUUGACCAGUGUGCGAGAAUAUCAAAGUCAGCAGGUGGCGUUGGUUUAAAUGUGCAUUGCGUUCGAGCGAGAGGAACUUCCAUAGCUGGUACUGACGGAACUUCGAACGGAUUGGUGCCUAUGCUGCGUGUUUUCAACAAUUUAGCGCGAUACGUUGGACAGGGGGUGAAUAAGCGGCCUGGUGCUUUUGCUAUCUAUCUAGAACCCUGGCAUGCUGACAUUUUUGAAUUUUUGGAUCUUAAGAAAAAUACAGGAAUAGAAGAGUCCCGAGCACGAGAUUUGUUCUAUGGACUAUGGAUUCCGGACUUGUUCAUGAAGCGUGUUGAAAAUGAUGAGGAAUGGUCCCUAAUGUGCCCACAUGAAUGUCCUGGUCUGCAUGACGUUUGGGGGGAAGAAUUUGAAGAAUUGUACACAAAGUACGAAAAGGAAAGAUUGUUUAAACGCAAGGUGAGAGCACAGUCCCUCUGGUUUGCAAUAGUUGAGGCUCAAGUAGAAACAGGCACACCAUAUAUGCUCUACAAGGAUGCUUGCAAUCGAAAAAGUAAUCAGCAAAACCUUGGAACUAUUCGAUGCAGCAAUUUAUGCACGGAAAUCGUGGAGUAUUCGGCGCCAGACGAGGUAGCCGUCUGCAAUUUAGCUUCUCUCGCACUGAAUAAGUUCGUCGAUGUGAAAAAUAAGACCUACGAUUUUGAAAAGCUCAAAGAAGUUACAAAAGUAGUAACGAAGAAUUUGAAUCGUAUCAUUGACAUUAACUAUUACCCCCUUUCCGAAACGAGAAGAUCAAAUCUUCGACAUCGACCAAUAGGCAUAGGUGUCCAGGGUAUGGCAGAUGCAUUCAUUCUCAUGCGAUAUCCUUACGAAUCUUCAGAAGCAAAGCUGUUGAAUCAACAAAUCUUCGAAACUAUUUAUUACGGGGCUUUGGAAGCAAGUUGUGAAAUAGCUGAGAAACUGGGUCCUUAUGAAACGUACGAAGGAUCUCCUGUGAGUAGAGGGAUUCUGCAAUAUGAUAUGUGGAAAAAGAAACCCACAGAAUUAUGGGAUUGGGCAGCGCUGAAAGAGAAGAUCAGUAAACACGGGGUGAGAAAUUCUUUACUGUUAGCACCUAUGCCAACAGCAGCUACUGCCCAAAUUCUCGGAAAUAAUGAAUCUUUCGAACCAUACACUUCUAAUAUCUACAUGAGACGUGUGUUGUCAGGAGAGUUUCAAGUUGUUAAUCAUCACCUCCUAAAGGACCUAAUAAAUUUGAAUUUAUGGAAUGAGGAUAUGAAGAAUCUAAUAAUUGCAAACCGCGGUUCCAUUCAAAAAAUUGAGCGCAUUCCGAAAGAUAUACGUGAUUUAUACAAAACUGUUUGGGAAAUUUCAGUGCGAACCACAAUUCAAAUGGCGGCAGACCGUGGAGCUUUUAUUGAUCAAAGCCAGUCAUUCAAUAUCCAUGUGGCUGAACCUAAUUAUGGGAAGUUAACGUCCAUACAUUUCUUUGGAUGGAAAAUGGGUUUGAAAACCGGAAUGUACUAUUUGCGUACAAAACCUGCAGCGAAUGCUAUCCAAUUCACAGUAGAUAAAAGCAAACUGGCCACGGAAUCACAGGGUCCGGUUUACACCAACGGAGUGGAUAACGAGAAACCAACAAAAAUGAUAAAUGGAAAUACGAGGACUGGGGGACAGGAUGAUGAAAUUGUUAAACGCAUGGCACAAAUGACGUGUUCAUUGGCAAAUAAGGAAGAGUGCCUUAUGUGCAGCUCUUGAGUAUUAUUAAUUUAAGACAUUUGUAAUAUAAAAGGAUUUUUUGUAAAAACCGAACUAUUGUUUAAAAUGCGGAUUGUUUUCACAUUCCUGUGCUUUGUACUUAUAUAUCUGAUGCUUUAAUUUAGAAAUUUAUUUUGUAUUUUAUGUUCUAUCAUGUGUAAUGUUAUAGUUCGUUCCAUUGUAUAACUUUUAUAUACCUGAGUAAUAUUAAUAAUUUCAAAAAGUUCUUGACUUUUAUUGCAGAUGCUGUUGAAGAAGUUCGUAGAAUCGUCGAAAAAUACUGUGGGUUUAUGUUGCUUGUCUUUCGGAUGUUUUACCGUCAAAAAGUAUUAGGUGAUUUUGGCUUCAAAUGAAGUAAGCAAUUGAGAUUACAUAUACUCGUUGAU